AUGCCUGCAAAACAAUCAACCGAGAACCUGUUCCACAGAAGGAACAACAUCUCCUGUGUGAAACCACCAGACAAUAAGCAAGCUCAUGCAGAAUCUGGCACUAGGGUCCAGCGGAGACUCCCACUGAGGCAACCAAUCAUGCCUUCCCUGCAGAAAACACGAAAUAGGAAACCUUCUGACGAAAGAUUACCCAUGUCCUCUGAAUAUGUUCUGAGGAAUUUCGUGCCAUAUUUGACAAACUAUGAGCAGACAGAGAUAAGUAAAUACAAACAGGUAUGGUACCUGGGAAAGAGGACAACAAACAAGAUUAGGUGCAGCACCCAGAAUCCACAGUUAUUCAACUUUGGCUUCGACACUGAGGAGGGACUGUACAAGGCAAUUGUCAAUGACCACUUGGCCUACCGCUAUAAAAUCUUGGCAGUUAUUGGAAAUGGCUUCUCUGGAGAGGUUCUCAAAUGCUAUGAUUAUAAGACCAAGCAGUUUGUGGCCAUCAAAGUCUUUCGAAACAAAGACAGCGUUCUUAAGCUGGCAAAGUCGGAAAUGAAGGUUUUGAAAGCCCUGAAAGAGAGUGACAAGAAUAACUCAGCCAACAUCGUCCACAUGAAGGAGCACUUCAACUUCCGCCAUCACCUCUGCAUCACUUUUGAUCUCUAUGAUGGAGACCUGUAUAGGGUGAUGAAACGUAAGGACAAGCAUCAAGUCACAGAGGACGAGCUCAAAGGGUACACUGUAGCCAUCCUGAAAUGUCUGCAGCUGCUCAGAAAGAAGAAUAUUGUCCAUGGCGACCUAAAACCGGUAGGAAUAAUAGUUCAGACCUUGUAA